AUGAGGCGCGCGCCGGGUGCGUUGCUGCUCGCAGCGCUGCUGCUCGCCAGCCGGGCGCCGCAGCGCGCCGGGGCCUGCAGCUGCGCCCCUGCCCACCCGCAGCAGCUCAUCUGCGACUCGGCUCUAGUGAUUCGUGCAAAAAUAUCCAGUGAAAAGGUGGUUCCUGCCAGCGAUGACCCUCUUGAUACCCACAAAAUGAUCCGGUAUGAAAUCAAACAAAUAAAGAUGUUUAAAGGAUUUGAAAAAGUGAAGGAUGUCCAAUAUGUCUAUACUCCUUUUGAUUCAUCACUCUGUGGUGUGAAGUUAGAAGCUAACAACAAAAAACAAUACCUUUUGACAGGACAAAUUUUAAGUGAUGGUAAAGUCCUUAUCCAUUUAUGCAACUACAUUGAACCAUGGGAUGAUUUAUCCUUGUCUCAAAAGAAGAGUCUAAAUCAGAGAUAUCAAAUGGGCUGUGGCUGCAAAAUCACUACCUGCUACAUGGUGCCCUGCUCAAUCACCACCCCAAACGAAUGCCUCUGGACAGACUGGCUCAUAGAAAGAAAGCUGUACGGGCACCAGGCCAAGCACUAUGCCUGCAUCAAGCGCAGCGAUGGCACUUGCAGCUGGUACCGAGGUGGUCCACCCCCAGAGAAAGAGUUUAUUGAUAUCAGCGAACCUUAAAACGAUCACUUCCUAAAAGCCUCGGCGUCUCAUUCCACCAAGCCCUGCACGCUCACAGCUUCGAACUGCCACUGUCUAAUGUAUCUGUUGCUUAGAAACAAAAACAAAUUGUCCUGCACAGCUCAAGCACAGGGUUUGUGGAACUGGCACUCAGGCAAGAAGAGGAACAAAUCUCCUGGAGGUAGCUACUCUGUAAAGUUAUGCUCUGCACAGAGAGGCUUACACCGAGAAUGCUCCUCUGUG